AUGCACCUGUGGCCAUCGCUCCGGAUCCGCGACUCGUUCAAGCACGGCUACCUCCAGAAGCUGGAGCUCAACCUCGGCAACAUGAAGCGCGCGCAGCGGCAGCACCAGGAGCGGCAGGGCGAGGGCCAGGAGGACCAGGACGGCCAGCCCAGCGGUGGCGGGAAGGCGCCGCUGCUCGAGGACCGCUCGCCGUCGGGAUCCGUGCUGGCCGGCGCGCUCGAGCUCGCCUGGGAUGCCGUCUUGCUCCUCACCUGCUGCUGCUGUUGCUUCUGCUGCGGAGUUGAGGCAGGUGUCAUCGCGGUUCGCCUUGCGUUCGCCACCGGCGGCGCCUGCCUUGUCCGCUUGUGCUCCGCCGCCAUCGCGAUCUCCCUUGGGCUUGUUCUUCUUGCCGCCACGGGGACGCCGAUGACGAUCCUUGGAUGA